CGGCGUAUAUGGCCGUAGCGGCUGUAGCAGUUCUCUCAAGACCCAUUGGGGCCUGUUAUGGGCCCCUCUCCAGGGACCGGACUCUUUGUGCAUGAGCCUCGAGCGAGCAAGAGCCGGUACUCACGAGAAUCAAAAGAUGAUGGGAAGUCAAUGGCUGACCAAGAGGAGGAGAAGAUCAAUGGACGCCUUGUGGAGAUACUGGAGCGGAAGUGUGCCAAGUUGAGGAGCCGUGCAGAGCAGGAGGAGAAGAACCGCAAAACUUUGCAGGAGGAGUUGGAGGAGUUGCGACCGCGAUGCGAAGAGUUGCAACGAGAGGUUUGUGACCUGCGAGCGGCGCAUGAGAAGUUAGCUGAGGAUCGACAAGAGGCACUGCGCCGCAAUGGCGAGCUGGCCAACAUACAACAGCAAUGUGGUGUGGCGCAGCAAGCCUUGCAAGAUCGAGAUGUCGAGCUGCGCCAGUUGCAAGAGCAACAGGCGCGCUCUGAAGAACAGUGGAAGGCUCAGAUUGUGAAGCUGGUGGAGGAGAUGCGAAGGGCGGAGCAGAAGUCCUCGACCUUGGCCAAGGAGCUGGCAGCUUCCAAAGGGGAGCUGCAACGCCUGAAGGCCGGUGGUCAGGAUGUGGUUCGGCGCUACGAGGAGGAAAGCGGCCGCCGAUUGGAACUGGAAGAGCGUUGCUUGCAACUGGAAGAAAAGUUAAAAACUCGCGAGCAAAGAACUCGCAAUGAUGCUGACUGCGCACACAAGCUGAAGCAGUGCCAGCAGGCAAAAGAGGUGGCCGAACAGCAAGCCAAAGAGAAUGAAGAGCGAAGCCAGAAAGCUGCUGAACGGCUGGAAGAGGUGGAGUCAAGGCAGAAAGACCUGGAGGCAGAGGUGCAGAGGCUCAAGCUGCAAUGUUCAGAAAAGAGCCGGCGCAUUGAGGAAUUGGAGGCUGCAUCGGUGCAAGAGAUGGAGCCGCUCGGGCCAAGCGGGCCGCCACGGCCGCCGAUUCCCAGAAGUCGUCCUGGGACCGCCAGCAGCGCUGGCAGUGCCAGCGUAGGCACAAGCAGAGUUGGUGCUGGAGACUCCAGGAAGCUCAGAACGCAGCCGCCCGCCUUUCAGAGUCAUGGUGAGCGCCUGCCUCCAGGUGCGAUUCGCCGGGGUGGAAGCGUACCUGUUCGACGAUCCCAAGGGCCUCCUCCGCGCGCCAACCUUCAAUCCCGGAGCAUCAGUCCGAAUGCCUCAGCAUCGCAGAGGACACCACCCAGUGCCCGGACCAAAUCACCUCAAACCGAGAGGCCUGUCAGCCAAAGCAGCUAUGGCAGCUGUGGAGAGGAUGGCUUUGAUGGCAUCCCCACGGACUCGGAGGACUCCUCCGAGGAGGAGGUCUUGACUGGCGUGAACACAGCAGCUUGAGUAGUCAUUUUUUUUCGUCAUAUGGCAUGGUGCAGUUUGCAACUGUUUAAAUGAUUCAGUGUCAUACGAUUGUCGUCAUUUUGUUUCA